UGUUUUCCUUCUAAAAACAAAAUUUUGAAUACUAAUAUUUGUUAUAAUGUUCAAAUAAUUGUAAAAUAUUUGUGCUAAAACAAUCUAUGAAAAAAGAAAAGCAAAAAUAAUCUCUUAAUAUGGAUGAAAUAGAUGAUAUUCAUUACGGUAAUCCACAUUAUGGAUACCGAAUGAGAUUAUUCUCUCGUACUGGUCAUCAUUUGACUAUACUUCCUAACGAAAAAGUUUUAGGAAUUAAUGAUGAUUCUGGUGAUUUAGCAGAAUAUGAAAUUUUGGAAUUUACCUCAGCUGGUGAUGUGGGUGAAGUCAGGAUUCGGGGAGUUUAUACCAACUUAUAUUUAAGCAUGGACGAAGAAGGAAACUUAUAUGGAGAGGAGAAUCCUCGAGAUGAGGCUACAAUAUUCAAAGAAUCAACUUUAGGCCAGUACAAUACGUACCUUUCUAAAAAAUAUGCAGAUAAAAAUUGGUAUGUUGGCAUCAAGAAAAAUGGUAAACCUAAACCGGCCCAUCGUACAGCUCUGGGCCAAAAUGCAAUCAAGUUUCUUCCCAUUAGAAUAGAGUGACUUUAAUUACCAAAUGGAUAAUUAUUUAAUAAAUUGCAUUUAACACACAUAUGUUAAUCUUAAGUAUUAAAAAGUAUUAUAUUUUUAUAAAGUACUAGUC